GUGGCUAGUGGAGGAGAUGUCACCCAGGGGCAGGUGGAGAUCUUCUCCUUGAACAGGCCCACUCCACGCCCAGUGAAGAGCCUCCAGGUGGGGGCCCCAGUGAGGUGUCUGGAGUAUGUGCCUGAACCCAGCCCCCCAGAGGAGAUGGAGGCUGCAGCCCUCAGGAGCCCUACUGGGGUGGGGAACACCAUCUGUCUGGGACUGGACGAUGGAAGGUGAGGUCAACACAGCUUUUAGAGAAAUUGUAAAAUACUAUAGUGUAAAUUACAUUUAAGUAAUGUGGAUGAAUGCAUGGAUGGAUGAUGAUGAUGAUACAGCAAUAUUCUUGUAUUUAUUAUUGUUGGUCACCACUAUUAUCCUACUUACAAAGUAUAUUUGUUUUCACAGCGAGUCAUAUUCUGUAUUCAACAUACAGUAUAGUAUGUUAGGUUUAUCUCAGACUAGCAAAAUCUGUCAAUAGUAGAUGGGACCAAGAAAUCAGAGUUGAUUUCAUAUACCUCGAAUCCAGGUGCACACCCAUUUCUUAUUUUCAGAUUUCUACUGCAUGUAAUGGAGGAAUAGUUUAACCUCAGACUGUCACAGUCCUGGUGAUUACAUUACUUUCUUAGAGAAAACAGUCCUCUUGCAUCUCAUAUUGCCAGUUUACUGUAAUUAUUUUCCUCUGCAAUUUUUUUGUUAUUCAUUUGGGCACCAGAAUAAAAUGAAAAGUGUGCAGUUUAUUUGUUUAUGUUUACUCAUUCACUCUAUUUGUCCUGAGAGGAGAGAAAAGACAAAGUGUAAUAAAAGCACAAUUUCAGCAUUUAUUUUUGCGGUACACAAUCGACUGUCAACUCCAAAGCUAGUUAACGUUCUCUUUCGAGAAAUAAAUACAUUUUUCCAAAGGUGUGCAUUUGUCACUGUAAAGGAGAAAAAAUGUGCAGCACAGUCAGUGAAGUUCAGAUGGAAUCUUAAACAUGAGAAAGAGCGAGGGGCUGCACACACACACAAUACUGAAGCUCCAAAGUGCCCAGUUACAUCAAGGUACUCAGUCUUCAUAAAUGAUGUUCAUUUAUCAUGUACAGUGUACAUUGUUCCCGCUCCUUUUGCCACCAGCAUCCUGGUGUAUGGCAGUGUGGACACUGCAGCCCAGUGCCUGUUGACCAUGCGUAACCCUCAGCACUGCCCUGUCCUGUGCCUCAAACACUCCAUCAACUUCCUGUUCGCUGGGCUCAGAGAUGGAACCAUGAUGGUGUAUGGACGAAGUAAUGGA